AACGAUGAAGUGUUCAGUAAGUCAAAGCGGCAGUUUCCAAUCUUCAUUUGCAUUUUUCAAGCGGUUGUCUUUGCGUGGCCAUGUUAUCUUUACUCAGGCCCCGCGCUCUGCUGGGUAUGCAUGGAUGUCUCAGGUCAGGUCAUACAUGGAGUUUUCCUCGCACAUCUCGUAUUCACCGUGUUUCCCUUACUUCAACCUGCUAAGCUGCUAACCACCAUUUUUCCUUCCAGUGUCAUUUCGAUGUAUGUCACUUGUCACUCAUCUGUCACAGUCAUGCGCAUUUUCGUGUUGUUUUCUCAUUCUGCGCUGGCAAAUGUAGCUUUUUAUCUUUAUCCAAAUAAACAACAAAGAUACGAAUAAAAGAAAGAAAAUGAGCUAUGCGGAAAAGUGUGUAGAAAAGCAAGAGGCAAUACCCAAAGAAGAGUGGUUGAAGCUUCUCGAGGAAAACGACUCGGGACGGAGCAGCAUGAACAAAUUAAUAAUGAACUACUUAGUCACAGAGGGAUUCAAAGAAGCAGCGGAAAAGUUCCAGCAAGAAUCUGGGGUGAUGCCCUCAGUGGAUCUGCAUUCCCUAGAUGACCGAAUCAAGAUCAGAGAUGCUAUCAUGACAGGCAGAAUCCAAGAAGCUACAGCACUGAUAAACCAGCUACAUCCAGAGCUCUUAGAUAAUGAUAGGUAUCUGUAUUUCCACUUACAGCAGCUGCACCUGAUAGAACUGAUAAGGAACAACAGAAUUGAAGAGGCGCUUGCAUUUGCUCAAAGUCAUUUGAGUGAAGCAGGUGAAGAGGAUCCAUCUGUAUUGACUGAGUUAGAAAGGACUGUAGCCUUAUUAGCGUUUGAGGAGCCAUUGAAUUCACCUUUUGGUGAUUUACUUGCCCCUUCACAUAGACAAAAGGUUGCCAGUGAGGUAAAUGCUGCAAUACUAAAGAUGGAACAUCAUGAAACAACAUCCCCAAAGAUUUCUACCCUGUUGAAACUGAUAUUGUGGGCUCAAGAAAAACUGAAUAAGAAGAACAUAAAAUAUCCCAAAAUGACUGAUUUAGCUAAUGCUACGAUUGAAGAUGUUGUGAAUCGACAUUUAAAGAAUUAACUUAAUUGUUUUGAUGCAGUUUUGGGGUGUGGUGUUACAUUGAUCACUCAUUUGGUUUUUCUUUAUGUCAGUGAAAAGACUAUUAGUUUCAUACUAAUGCAUUAAAUAAAGCUUUAUUUGAUUAGAAGUUGUUCAAAUUUGGAAUAUGUUCAACAUUUUUUAUCCCCAAGAAUGUUUUACUAAUUUAUUAAGUGAGUAAUUGAUAUAUUAUGACUGCAUACUGUGUGAAUCAUUUAUAUUUGAGGUUGGUUCUCAUGUAUAUGAGAGAAAAGUGUACAAUAUAUAUUAGAGUGGUUGUAACCUUCCUCACUGUUGAUAUCAGGUCAGAUGGUCGUUACUUGUGGAAGCACUCUUUCUAACAUUUUCAAUGUAAUUGUAGAACAAUACAUAUUGAAACCAGACAGACCUCAACUAUAAAUUUGUUGCACAGCAUAAUUUCAAAAAGAUGUGGAAUGAAAAAUAUAAUUCAUAAUCUACCAAAUUAAGUUUAAACCCAAAAUUCUACAAAUUGCUAACAUCAUAUUAAUUCAUUUUGUAUAUUUUGAAACACAUUGGCAUCUUAUAUAUAAUUUUGAAAUUCUAUAGAUGUAUAGGCAUAAGUAUUUAUUUGUGUUUAUUAUAUAAUGUAUAGAAUUGUCAUUUCCAUAGAAAGAGAUUUAUUUAAUAUUGUUUUAUUGAGUCAUUAAAACUUGUCAUUUUUA